UGUAUUUUUCCCCCUUAUUCUUUUUUAUAAUCUUCAUUUACGAUGGGUAAAGUUCACGGUAGUUUAGCUCGUGCUGGUAAGGUCAAGUCUCAAACCCCCAAGGUCGCCAAGCAAGAAAAGAAGAAACAAUUGACUGGUCGUGCCAAGAUGAGACAAGUAUACAACCGUCGUUUUGUCAAUGUCACCAACCAAGUCGGUGGUAAGCGCAAGAUGAACCCUGCUCCUACUGCUGGUCCUUAAAGUGAUCUAUCUCUUUUUUUCUCGAUCAUCAUCAACAUCAUCAUUACUCUAUAUGUUUUGAAAUCAAAUAGAAAUUUAGAUAUCAAUAAAAUCCAACUAUUAAAAAAAAAAAAAGAACAA